GUGCUUGCUUCGUGGUUUCGAAUGAAGUAUCCUCAUAUAGCUCUUGGUGCUCUAGCUUCAUCAGCUCCUAUUCUUUAUUUUGAUGACAUCACUCCACAAAAUGGAUAUUAUUCGAUUGUGACUAAGGAUUUUAAAGAAGUGAGUAAGACUUGCUACCGAACUAUACGAAAAUCAUGGUCUAUAAUUGAUAAGAUUGCUUCUAGAAAAAAUGGACUCUCCUAUCUCAGUCGGAAAUUCAAGACUUGCUCCCACUUAAAUAGUUCUUCUGAGUUGAAGGAUUAUUUGGAUUCAAUAUAUGCAACAGCAGCUCAGUAUAAUAAGCCACCAACAUAUCCAGUGACAGUGGUUUGUGGAGGAAUUGAUGGUGCACACAAAGGAAGUCAUGUUCUUGAUCGUAUUUAUGCUGGAAUUGUUGCAUCUCAAGGGAAUUUAAGUUGUUACAACACAAAUGUGUAUAAUCAACCUAGUGAAACCAACAUGGGAUGGAGAUGGCAAACAUGCAGUGAGAUGGUGAUGCCUAUAGGGCGAGGCAAAAAUGAUACAAUGUUCUAUUCAGCUCCUUUUAAUUUGGAUGAGUUUAUAGACGACUGCAAGAGCAACUAUGGUGUCUCUCCUCGUCCACACUGGAUCACAACUUAUUAUGGUGGACAUGACAUAAAAUUAAUUCUUCAUAGGUUUGCUAGCAACAUCAUUUUCUCUAAUGGGCUAAGAGAUCCUUACAGUAGUGCAGGGGUUUUGCAAGACAUAUCUCAUAGUCUACGAGCUGUCCACACGCGUAACGGUUCCCAUUGUCUAGACAUUCUUACUAGCAAGCCAACUGAUCCAGAAUGGUUAACCAUGCAAAGGAAAACAGAGGUUGAAAUCAUUGAAGGAUGGAUAACAAAGUACUAUGCUGAUCUCAACGCCCUCAAAUAUGGCAAAAUGCCCUAAACAAUUAGUCCAUUUAUUAUUUCUUUCGGAAUAUAAUGGACGAAAAAAAUAAUGUUCUCAUUUCUUUUGAUGUAUUAAUGUACAUGUUUGAAACAGACCGAAGAAAACAAGGGCCAGCUCUCUCUCUCUCUCACACACACACAAUGUUAUCAUAUCUAAAUACAAUGAUGCUCACGAGGGUUGUCAAUUGCACGCUUAACUCUACCACUCAAGUAUUUCAAAACAUGACCCUAAAAAAUAAAUAUAACCAUCCACUGAGAACAUCAUUUUGUUUGUUGGUAUUACUUUCUCAACUAUCCGAGGCUAUUUGGAAACAACUUAUUAUCUAUUUUUACAAGGUAGCUAGGACACUAUGCGUACACUAUCCUUUCCAGAUUCAAUUUAUGAGAUUACACUGAAUCUGUUGUUGUUGUUAUUGUAUUACUUUCUCAACUACGUAUGCCGCUCAUACUCU